AUGACGAUGCAAGAGGUCCGGGAUGUUGUGGGAGACUCGUCCGAGCCCUCGUUUCGGCUCAUGACGCCAUGGCUGGAACCCUGGAAGGGCUCUCUUUGGCCUGAGAAGUGGUCAAAGAAGCCGAUCCGAAGUGUAUCCAGCGCUAGUGCGGGUAAGGCCAUCAGCUUCCCCGAGGAUGUCAAAACCCGGGCGCAUCAACAAAGUACGCGGUCUCUGCACUGCCUCGAAAAGCAGGGAAAUCACCCGGGCUCAUUGUGA